AUGGCAACAAAUUGGAUCCUGUCAACACCAGCGUCUAUCGCUAACCACCUUCCAUAUAACCUAAGUACUCUAGACUAUAUCACGUUCGUCCUAAGCGAGAAAGUAAUCAUCUGCACCCGCUGUUGUGCCGCAGUACCUGUCACGCGCUUGAAUGCCCACCUCCAAACCUUCCACCAUGUUCCAUUCAAACUACGGCGUACAACGAUAGCACGGUUUGACGGCAUACCCGCUGCGCAGUCCUUUCAAGAUCUAGUGCCUCGCCAGGAUAGAUCCGCGCCGCUCUCAUAUCUCCUUCCACCCGUACCUAGAUUUUGUUGUCCACACUGUACAGAGGGAAAGACAAUCAACUGGGAUUGUAUGAGAAAGCAUGCGAAGGAAAAACAUAACAUCAGCGCUCCUGAAUGCCUUCGAGACCAAUCUAGGUAUAAAUGUUAUCUGCAGAGCUGGACGACAUACUCGCCCAAACACUGGGUAGUAACCCAAGAUAACAGCGCUAGUCAGCAAGCGAUUCCUGAGCAACCAUACUCUAUGAGCGAAGAAGAAAACCUAUUGCGGAUGGAGGAUGAAGAGGAAGAAGAAGAACAGCGCUUUGAUGGCGAGAGUAACAUGGUAGCUCUAGACACAGAGCUAGAGCACGACGAGAAUACAGAGUGGCUUCGAGGCUGUGAAUGGCCGACUUGGUUCGCUCACAAGCCUAUCUAUAUUAUCGUCGCAGCGGCAGCAUUGCCCUCCGCGAGAAUAUCCGAAGAUCUUGUACUAGGCCUUUGGAAUGGUUUUGAAUGUGUGAGCCUAGCACAGACAGAGAGGGUUAUUUGGAAGAUACUAGAAGCCAGCAGAUUUGUGUUUUAG